UGGAGAGUGGCCGCAGGAUUCCUCGCCUACCCCCGCCCCAGCCGCGCUCAGCGGAGCCGGGUGUAUCUGGCCGGGCAGCUCAGUAGUGGAGUCAGCUGCCCUCAACGUAUUGUCACUGAGCCUGUGGGAGGUUUGCUCCUGGUGCGAGACUCCCAGCUGGCACUAAAGGAAGAGCCCAGUUUCUAGCUGGGCGAGAAGAGCUGGAAAGCACAACCCCUGACAGAUCCCGCCCGGGAGGCCAGCAAAGAGCCAGUAGUUACUGUGGUUAUAAUGGAAAUUUACCAUUUUAAAGCUAGUCUCACCAUUUUAGGGGGCCUGAGUCAUGCUUUUUGAAUGCUUGGGGUCACUUCUAACAACACUGCAGCAGCCGUUCAAAACAUCAUCGCAGCAUCGCGAAAUGUCGCCAGAAAAUGUCUCUGUGGUGCCACAAAGUGUCACCAGGAAAUGUCACUGUGGUGCCUCAAAACGUUGCCCCGAAAUACCUCUGUGGCAGUGUAAAUGUCUCUGCAUUGCCACUUGCUCUGUGGCCACCUUUCAUACAGCAGCAAGACCAUGGUGGCCAUGGCAUGACUGUUUGAGUUCCCCAAGCUGAUGGGUGGAUUUCACUCUGAAUAAAUUUCAGAGCCAACUGACUUAAUUUACAAGUUAAAAGGUCUUCUCUUCCCCCUCCCUUCCCUAGCUCCCUCUUGGCUGCCGCUUUGUUUCGGUGGCUGCUGGUGCAGCUACUGCUGCUGUAGCGGAGGGAGCUGUCCAGCAGCCAGUGCUCCUGAAAUCCCAGCAUUUCUCCAUUAACCACAAUGUAAGAGCAAUGAGAACAGCUCUACCAAACCCAGCCUGGCAAUGGAGGAUGAUUUAUUCCAGCUAAGACAGCUGCCGGUGGUCAAGUUUCGCCGCACAGGGGAAAGUUCCAGGUCAGACGAAGAUGCCAUUUCAGGAGAGCAUGAAAUUCAGAUUGAAGGUGUUCAGACAGAGCUAGAGGCUAUAGAGCUAGAGGAUGGAGCUGCAGUGCCAAAGGAAUUUGCCAAUCCAACUGAUGAUACUUUUAUGGUGGAAGAUGCGGUGGAAGCCAUUGGGUUUGGGAAAUUCCAGUGGAAGCUCUCUGUUCUUACUGGAUUAGCAUGGAUGGCAGAUGCAAUGGAAAUGAUGAUUCUAAGUAUCCUAGCUCCUCAGCUUCAUUGUGAGUGGCGAUUACCAAGCUGGCAGGUUGCAUUGCUUACAUCGGUGGUGUUUGUGGGAAUGAUGUGCAGCUCUACGCUCUGGGGAAACAUUUCAGACCAAUAUGGCAGAAAAACUGGGCUAAAGAUCAGUGUGUUCUGGACCCUGUACUAUGGGAUCCUCAGUGGUUUUGCACCAGUAUACAGUUGGAUCCUUGUGCUCAGGGGACUGGUGGGCUUUGGGAUUGGAGGGGUACCUCAGUCAGUAACCUUAUAUGCCGAAUUCCUUCCAAUGAAAGCUCGAGCAAAAUGCAUUUUAUUAAUAGAGGUCUUUUGGGCCAUUGGGACUGUAUUUGAAGUCCUCCUUGCAGUGUUUGUGAUGCCCACUCUUGGCUGGCGUUGGCUGCUCAUUCUUUCUGCUGUUCCACUCUUGCUGUUCGCCAUCUUAUGUUUUUGGCUGCCAGAAAGUGCAAGAUAUGAUGUAUUAUCUGGAAACCAAGAAAAGGCUAUUGCCACUUUAAAGCGGAUAGCAGCAGAAAAUGGAGCUCCAAUGCCUCUGGGAAAAUUAAUCAUUUCCAGACAGGAAGACCGGGGGAAAAUGAGGGACCUUUUCACACCCCAGUUUAGAUGGACAACAUUGUUGCUUUGGUUUAUAUGGUUUUCCAAUGCCUUUUCUUAUUAUGGGUUAGUUUUAUUAACUACAGAGCUCUUCCAAGCAGGGGAUGUCUGCAGCAUUUCCAGUAGAAGGAAAGCAGUUAAAGCAAAGUGCAGCCUGGCCUGUGAGUAUCUGACAGAGGAAGACUACACAGAUCUGCUCUGGACCACUUUAUCGGAGUUCCCAGGUGUUCUGGUGACCCUCUGGAUUAUUGAUCGGAUAGGCCGUAAAAAAACCAUGGCGCUUUCCUUUUUCGUCUUCUCGUUUUGUAGUCUCCUGUUAUUUCUGUGCGUUGGAAGAAAUGUUCUUACUGUGCUGCUCUUCAUCGCAAGGGCUUUCAUUUCAGGAGGAUUUCAGGCUGCUUAUGUUUACACUCCUGAGGUUUACCCAACAGCCACUCGUGCUCUGGGCUUAGGAACAUGCAGUGGAAUGGCCAGAGUGGGAGCCUUAAUAACCCCAUUUAUUGCACAGGUGAUGCUGGAAUCUUCAGUCUAUUUAACUCUGGUGGUUUACAGUGGAUGCUGCCUGUUGGCAGCCGUGGCUUCCUGUUUUUUGCCCAUUGAAACAAAAGGGCGUGGUCUGCAGGAGUCCAGCCACAGAGAAUGGGGACAAGAGAUGGUUGGGAGAGUAUCCCACAACAUGGGAGUCACCAGGUCAAAUUCUGGAUCACAGGAAUGAUAGAACAUGAGCCCCCCCGGCCCCUUGCAAGGAAGGAUGAAACAAGCAAGAAUCAUAUUUUAAAAAAACAAGCGUAUAAAGCCGACCGUGCUGUCACUGCCAAUGUCGUGUCAAAUUGCAGGAACUUUUGAUUUGGACCUAAGCAAAUUGUGUCUUUACUGCUCUUUGCUCACACUCAUAAAAAUUUACUUGUGUAACAAGAGACAUUUGAUCAGGAUGUCAUUUGAAGUUCAGAGAGAAGGGCUUUUUUAAGAGUCUAUUGUGCUUGCAUGAUCAGAUACUGAGCUUAAAAUGUCCUGUGUCAAGCAAAUAGCUAACUGAAUGCAAUUCAGUAUCAGCUGUAAAAUUUAAAAAACCAGUACUUUUGAUGCCUAAAAGCAAAAGAUUAAUAUUUACUAUGUACCUGGCAUAACACACGGUGGGUUCCAUACACUACAGAAUAGGGUUUUUAAAUUAGAUGCCUGCCUUGCACUUUUUAGUCAUCAACAACAUGUUGUAACAGCAAACCAACUAAUGCUUUCCAGUUCCCUUGCCUAUAAGUUCUGUUCCUUGGAAAUUACCAGGCACUGAGAAGGUUGUUUGGAAUGCAUCUUGAGUGUUUGCUUUCCUCAAGGCAGAGUAGUUUGAGUCUGUGAAGAGUGCUGUUGGAUGCAGAGAUGGGACACUAUAUGAGAAAUGUAAAUUCUAGCAGUUUGGAACAGAAUUUAAAUUUUCUAGCAUUGCCAGAAGCAUUGAGCCCUCUGUCUGUUGCAUUGGUGAAGACUGCUUCAGCUGUCCUGAUGUCUCUGUGUGUGUGGAGAUGCACGCUGUGGUUUACUGCAUGGGUCCAGAUAUAUUUCUGUUCAAUUUGCAUAAGUACGUUCCCAUAGUGAUUUGACAAUGCCUAUGACACACAUGUCUUAAUUUGAACAGCUGCUUGUAGCACUUCCGAUGGAACUGCCUUCAUGUGUCUCCCAACAGGAGCAGAUUCUCUAUCAGCUGGGCAGAACUCUAGGGUAGCUGCCAGUUGUACAUGGAAUGUAAUGGCAAGUUAUGAAGGAAUGUAAUUGGCAUCACAUCUUAAAUGAGAAGAAGUCCUGAGAAGAGCUAUACCAGUGUCAUCAGCAGAAGAUUGACUCUCCCCCAGUAAUUUUGAUGUAGUUGAUGAAGUUCUUUCUCUCACCACAGGGAGUGGUAUAGUUCAGGUGAGGACAACUCAAUUCAUAUGUACCUUUUGGUUUGUAAGGAAUCUGUCUGUGAAUGGGGAUUCAGAUUUCAAAACUUGAUGGAUGUAAAGCAAAGAAAUGUGUAACAAAAUCAGACAGUUAUCAUCCAUGGGUCUUGGUAUUUUUCCAGAAAUCCAGCCUAUGGAAUACACUGUCAGAUGUAACUGAAGGUACUUAAUUCUAGUCACUAGGCCAUGGGAAGCAAUACAUUUUCAAUAAUAUAUGUGGUCAGUCAUUUCACAGAAAUAUAGUGUUGUGCAUGCUAUGGAUUGGCACAAGACCAUAUUUUAACUACAUGGUGGACCAAGCCGUUCCCUAUAAAGUCCUUUUCUCUGGGGCUGAAAUAGUUCACUGAGUCUGCCAAUGGUGCAAAAUAAGAGAACACAAUCUACAUUCAACGUUCACUUACAGAAAUGCAGAGCUAUUGCUCAGUAUAACACUCCAAGAUGUAGUAGGCUGUUUAACUUAUACCAUUAUAUGAAAUUAUAUAUGGGAAAUUCCUUAAAGGAAUUUGAAGAUCUCCAAACUACCAGGAAUGGCCAAAUCAAUUGGUGGCAUUCUGCGUGGAGGUAUCUUAUGGUGCAGGAGGUGUAAGACUGACAAGGGACCCAAAGUCUAUAUAGUCACCUAGCAUUAAAAGAUGGUGGUUAUAAUGAAGCAGUCCAGAAAUAGCUGGCUGGUCUGAACAGGUGAAUGCUACAUUUCAUUUAAAAUGUAAUUCAGUUCAGAGAUAUCCAGCUUUACAUGUGUUUGAUGGCAUAGGAGAAUGUUGUCCAUUUCUAGUACUAACACUUUACAUGGUAUGAGUAUCUCUGCCUGUCUAUUAGUUCUGUAUUCAGUGUUGACUCUCCAAUAUGCUAAAAGUUCCAAUCAGUCUAAAGCAGGGGUUCAUCCUUGCACCAUGACCCCCUUCUGACAACAAAAAUUACUACAAGACCCCAGGAGGGGGGACCGAUGCCUGAGCCUGCCCAAG